AUGAAAGAUCAGGAACAACAAUCAUGUGAAACCCAACAGAAAGUUAAAAAGAAAAAAUUAAUUAAAUCAUGUCUAUAUUGUAGAAAAAGAAAAUUGAAAUGUGACCGAAAAUUACCCAUGUGCAGUUCAUGUAGUUCAAGAAAUAUAAGUGAAUGUUUAUAUUUAAAUGCUCACGGCGAAAUAAUUAAUUAUUCAGAUUUAAUUAUCUCAGAUCAAAGUGGGAAAAUACAACAUAAUUGCAGCAAUCAUAAUCCCAGCAAUGUCACCACACUAGUCCCUAAUAACAAAAAUCACCAAAAAAGUGCACCAAAUUUGACAACUACCGAUCCGAUACCUGAGAAUCCCUUAUUACGUGCCGAGUUUGGCGUUAAUAAGCAAAAUAGAAUCAUUUACUUUGGUCCAACCUCCAUCAGAUGUAUCUUCAUCCAAAAACAGAAUAACAACAGCAUACCUUAUUUGGUUAAAAUGUUUAAAGAAUUUAAAAGAUUUAGAAAAAAAGAAAAAAUAUGUUCGAAUUUUACCAAUUUAACAGAACUAAGUUCUAUUAAUGCCCCCUACGAGUACGAUGAAUAUAUAAUAAGAAAUCGUAGUUUAAACACAAUUAUUUCCACCAUUGUUAAAAUAUUACCAGAUUCAUUCACAUUUAUAGAAAAUAUCAAGUUUUCCUUCAAAACUAUCCUACAAAACUACUUCCAAAUAUUAGAUAAAAAUAUUGUCAUGAGCUACAUUUCAAAAUAUGUUGAGAUCGACAAGGACAAAGGAAAGAUUGUGGAUUUAAAGUAUAUGGAUAAAAUGAACUAUUACCCCAUUGGCAUUCUGCUAUUACUAUUUUCCUUUGUAUAUUAUGAUAGUGGUGUUCCAUUGCCAAUCAUUCACUUUUUUAUUCUGCUAGAAGGUAGUUCUACAAGUAAGUCUUUGUCCAUUGAAAAAACUCAAUUUUUACUACUCAAGUUGAUUUAUAGAUUUUUUAAUGGAAUGACUGGCGGUGAUUUCAGCCAUAUGGAGCUUUCGGUCGGUAAUUUAUGUAACACCUGUAUUGCUUUGGGUUUCCAUAGAGAUUUUUCUAAAAUUUACUCCACCAAAAUAUUGGAAAAAAUUGGUGGGAUUGCGAUUGUGGAAAAUAUUUGGUAUUGGUGUUUAUAUUUCGAUGCUAUUACCAGUUUUGAAAUUGGUAAACCCUUAUUAAUUUCAAUUAAUACAUAUUUUAAUGAAGAUUUGUUACUUUCAUCACAAACACAUGGCAACAAACCGAGAUUUGUCCUUUUGAAAAAAUUUAUUCAUCUAUGCAGAUCGAUUAUGACAGAUGUGUUAAAACCCACGGGUAUUCCAGAUUUAGCAGGACAUACACUAAAAAUAUGGCAUUUCAUACAAAAUAACUUUCAGCUUUUAGUUAACUAUAUUGAUGAAAGAUAUUCCUUAAAGAUAGACCUAUUUGAUUAUUUAUUGUUGAAUCAUCUGGUGAAGAAAUAUAUAACUUUGGCAUUUUUGGAUAGGGUUUGUUUACAUAACAAUUCGUUAGAAGUAGAAAAUGAUAUUCUUAGGGCCUCUAUUAUAGGUAUGUUAUUGAGUAAAUGUCUAAUAAACAUAUGUGUUGUACAGGAAAAUAUUGAAAAAUUGUACAGGCCACUUGCUGCUAAAAAUAAAUUGUAUUUAUUGUACGGAUUAAGUAUAGAUUCCCUGUUAUACAUUAGAGUCACGUUACUGUUUGUCAUAUUAAGUGAAAAAUGUGAGCAAAACAAAUUGAACAAUAUUACUUUUAUUGAUGAUAAAGUAGUGGAAGAGGAAUUAUCAACAUUUAAAUUGGAUCGUUUAAAAGACGAUAAAUAUAAGUCCAUGCCGAUAUCCUCGAGAACCAUAUUUAGUAUAAUGUAUUAUUUGAUCGAAAAAAAUAGAAUUCUUCAAACUGAAGUUUGUCAACAACUAUCGAAAUACUAUCUGCAUUUUAUCAUGCACAAGGCUUUUGAGAAAAUGACUAGAACCUUUUUCAGCAAUUAUUAUCCAGAACUAAAUCCUAUUUAUAGAAUGAGGAUGUUUGAUGACGAACAUGAAACUGUCAUUCGAAGCAACCAUUCCGCCGUUAAAACGGGUCAUAAUGAUGAUUCCACAGCUUUUAACGAUAAAUCUUUUGUUAUUAAGAAAAAAUCCGAUCCCAAUAAUUCAGGACAGAGUGCAACAAGUCCUACACCAUGUAUGUUGUCUGAUUAUAAUGUAAACGUUGACAAACAAUAUACUAUUAAAAAUAAUGAUGUUAUUAAAAGUAGAGACGUGAAUUACAAUGCGCUUAUCACUGGCACAAGCAUUAUCAAUAGAAAUAAUUACAAUCAAAGCCGACUAUUGGACAAUGAAAUUUACAAAUAUUUCCAUUGUAGCGAAACUGAAUUUUUUCAGUUAUUGAAUGAUGACUUGGAAAAUAUUGUUCCAACAUGA